AUGGUUCGGCCACCUGAAAGCGAUUCCUCUGAGGUAAAAGCUCCCAGUGGGGCUGUAAAACGGAAGUCCGAAUCGAACGGCCAGGGCAGCAAGAAGAAGAAGAAGAAAUCGAAAUCAGAACACGGGGCAAAGGUCCAUGGCAUGCCACACUCGAAAAGGAGGCAGAGUGUUAGUAAACCGGCUAGAGAUCCGAGAGAUGAGGCCUCUCCUCUUCGACUUUCGCAAGAACUGGGUGAGACGAGGUCGCCAAGCCCGGUCAUUGACUUCGAUGGCUUGAGCAGGCCGAGUCGAGGGACUCGUGAGCGGAAAGAGGAAACUCCAGAGCAAGCAACGGAACGACUACAGAAGAUCUCCGGAGCGGUACGAACAAUCCUCGAAUGCCUCGGCGAAGACCCGGAACGCGAGGGACUUCUUGGGACACCGGAAAGAUAUGCGAAGGCUAUGUUAUUCUUUACAAAGGGGUACCAGGAGAAUGUGCGUGAUAUUGUGAAUGGUGCUAUAUUCCACGAGGGGCACAACGAACUAGUUAUUGUGAAAGAUAUCGAGGUAUUCAGUCUUUGUGAACACCAUAUGGUGCCGUUUACUGGAAAAAUGCACAUUGGAUAUAUUCCGGACAGAGACGUUAUUGGGAUCUCGAAGCUUCCCCGCAUAGCAGACAUGUUCUCUCGAAGACUACAAAUCCAAGAACGUUUGACAAAGGAUGUGGCCCACGCCGUAAUGGAAGUCCUCAAACCACAAGGAGUUGCAGUAGUGAUGGAAUCCAGCCAUCUUUGCAUGGUUAUGAGAGGGGUGGAGAAGACCAGUGCCACAACAAUUACGAGUUGCGUGUUGGGCUGCAUAGAAAAGAGAGAGAAAACCAGAAACGAGUUCUUCAGUCUUGUGGGACUCAAUAGACGGUGA